AUGUCGGCUCCAGCGGACUCCACCAUGAGCGGUGGUAACGCUGCGCCAGUUGAAACUUCGCGGCUCGAACAGCCUAACGAUGCUGUAGCCAUGGAAAACAUUACCAAGCCCUCCGAGCAGAAGCCUGCCGAUCACGAGCGCGAGUCUGCCGAUGAGACGAGCGCAGCUGAGCCAACACCCCCGACCAACGUGCCAGCACCAUCCGAGACCACCGAUCAACCAACUACCGCAGCACCAGCUUCACCAAAGGGCAAGGAAAAGGAGACGGCACCUCCACCCCCGACCAAGCAAGACUCGAACCUGGGUAUAGGACCUGCCGUAGAUGAUAUUCGCGAGAUCUCAGGGGGCUCUUCAGAUGGACCCGUCUGUACUAUUACACUUCUCCUUACUUCAGGAAGCCGACAUCCGUACAAGAUUGACGCCAAAUACUUGAGCCGGAGGAACGUGGACAUUCCAGAUCAGACAGAGGGCGGCCUUCCGGACCCGUUUAGUAUCAGCAUUUACACCCUCAAGGAAUUAAUAUUGAGAGAAUGGAGGAGUGAUUGGGAAGCCAAGCCCAACAGUCCUAGCAGCAUCAGACUGAUUCAUUUUGGAAAACUAUUAGACGAUAAGGAACAGUUGAAGAAAUACCAGCUUUCAACUGAGAGCCCCAACGUGGUGCACAUGAGCAUUCGGCCGCAAGACCUUGAUGAGGAGGAGCCUAAGAGUGGAAGCAAGAAUCUUUCAUCAGGUAGUGGCGACGGCCAACGUUCCCGAGGUGGAGGCUGCUGCGUCGUCUUGUAA